AUGGCGUUGACGGAGCGCAAGGGACGCACGCCUCAUACGAGCGCCACUGCGCCCAAGGCCGUUGCGCCGACAGCAGCGCCGACCUCCGGUGCAUGGACCUCGACUCUCGUGCUGCUCGUCGCCGUGCUUGCCCUGGGCGCGUCCCUCUGGCUCGUUCCGCACGACCAGCACCCGAUCUUUCCGUCACGGCUCCUGUCGACGCACAACCAAACGUGGAAGACCGUGGUCGUCUACGACAAUGGCAAGUCUGUCGGCGGUGUGCGCCUGUCGCUCGAGCCAUCCCACGUACCGUCGGGCGCGGCGCUGGCAGCAUACCUCUCGGAGCACAUUGCUGUCGAUGGCAUUCGGCUCGUGGGCGAGCCCGACGACGUCCGCAUCGUAGCCGACCGCGUCUUUACCGGCACGGGCCGCCUCGUGACGUCGUUCGACGACAUUCGCGAUGGCGACCGCCUCUACUUGGUGGCGCCCGGCCUUCUCUUUGUGUGGCCGUUUGUCAAGCUAGGGCACCGCGUGCACAUUCGUGCCGAGAUGAGCCCGACCAACCGCGACAUGAUCCUCGAGUCGUUUAGCGAGAGCCCACGCGUGUUUCACGUGCACGAUUUCUUCACCAACGACGAAGCCGACGCGCUGAUUGCUCGCAUCUUGACAAUUGACGGCGAGCACGACAAGCUGCAGCAGUCGCACGUCGGGCACAAAAGCCGCGCCAAGGUCGUCUCAAGCCACCGCACGUCCGAGAACGCGUUCGAUCAAGUGUCGGCGCCGGCCCUCGCGAUUCGGAAGCGGUCGUUCGACUUGCUGCGGCUUCCGACGUACCAAGACGACAUGUGCGACGGCCUCCAGCUGCUGCGAUACCAGCAAAAGCAAGCGUACAUUGCCCACACCGACUACUUUGCGUCGGGCACGAGCGACGACUGGAACUGGAACCCGAAAACCGGCGGCUCCAACCGGUUCGCGACAGUGUUCUUGUACCUCUCGAACGUCACAAGCGGCGGGCAGACGGUCUUUCCGCUCGCCGAUAUGCCGGAAGGCCAUGUGCACCUGCCGCUGCAUCCCGACGCGCACGCGCUCUUUCCCAAAGACAGCUGGGAAGCCGACAUGGUCCAGAGCUGCAGUUCACGGCUGGCGUCGUACCCGAUGAAGACGCACGCCAUCCUCUUUUAUAGUCAAAAGCCCAACGGCGAGCUCGAUCCGCGCUCACUCCACGGCGGCUGCCCCGUCCUUGACGGGACCAAGUGGGCUGCAAACCUCUGGGUGUGGAACAAGCGGCGGUACGGCCUCGACGAUACGCGCGCCGACACGAUCAAGGUUGUGUUUGUCAACCCGACGGACGGCCCCGUGGAUCUCUUUUGGUCCGAUACGAAGCUGGCGACCAUCAAAGCCCAUGGAGAGCAGCCCUUCUCGUCGUUCCACGGGCACCACUGGACAAUGAAGGACAGUACGUCGGGCAACGUGUUGCAUUCGACCGCGCUCGACAAGGCUCUCGGCGACGCCCAAACGAUCACGAUUGCCGUGUAG